CCUUAAGCGUAUGUCGUUACGGCUGACGCGUUCCUUAACUCUCUGGGAAAUGGUAAAUGAAGAUAGUGGGCUUCAAAGGUACUCCACCGGGACUGUCGAGGUCUCUGCUCUCGGUGCAUUGCAUUCGUUCUUCCGUUUGUCCCUUCAGCGAUCCCCUGCACUCACCGAUACCGGACUUAGGAAAGUGUGCGUAAUGCACCUUAAAGCUAGUGAAACUCUCUCAUGCCGAACAUCGAGACUGCCUUGUGUUACGUAAAGUUCCGAACGGAGUGAAUUUUUUCAAGAGCUUAAUAAAGCCGGUUUCAAACACGUGGAAGCCCGAGUGUCCGUUAAUCUUACAUUGGACAACAUACGAGAAGCUAAUUGAAAAGGAAAAAACACAGGCAGGGAGUGAAAAUUUCUGUGCCAAGGAGACGCAGGCAGCUUAUUAAGUGGAAUCGAGAAAAAUAUAACCCAGAGAUCUUCAUGUUCACAAUCGUCGAACCAAUAAUUAUUUCGAAUCGUGCAUUGCCGAAGAAACCGUGAAGGAUUUUAAGUCACAGUUCGAUCAAUGUGGUUGGAUUUUAAAAAAGUAGUAAGUGUCGCGACUCAAUUAAAACCGGUUCAGUAUUAAGCGCGAAAAACAUUUUCCGACAGGUAAUUAAAGGGAGUAAACGCAGCUGAAAAGUGCAGUGAAAUAUCGGGUGGGUGGGAGGGACGAGAAGCAAUUUUGAACAACCAGUAUUGAAGAAGUCAGUAAACAUACUCCAAAAUGAAGUUCAUCACCGCGCUUUUCGGCAAUGGGUCGCCGAAGAAAAUGGGCAAGCAGUACAUGAAGGUGGGGAAAAACGCUCUCUUCGGCAUCAAGCCUAGCGGUAUCAAAGAAAUCUACGCAGAAAAGGGCCCGACACCUUUGAGCUUGCUAUUAUCCAGAAAGGGCAAGGUCAAACACAGUCGGAUCGCCGUCAUCUUGUUCGGGUUGUUCGCCUUGGCCAUUGGGAUUAUCCUCAGCAGCAUACCAUGGGUGGAUUACGUUUUAAUGAAACAAUUACGGUUAUGGAAUGGAUCCCUUUCAUUCCAGUAUUGGCAAAAACCUGGCGUCGUUCGUCUAACCAAAGUUUACAUUUUCAAUGUAACGAAUACCGACGGGUUUUUGAACUUCGGCGAAAAACCAAAGGUCGAGGAAGUUGGUCCCUUUGUUUACAAAGAAGACAUGGAGAAAGUGAACAUUGCCUUCCACGACAACGGAACGGUGACCUAUCAACACAAAAAGAUCCUGAAUUUCAUGCCAGAGAUGUCGAAGGAUGGGGACCUUCGCGUGAUGGUUCCCAACAUACCGUUACUGACACUAUCGACUCAGAGCAAGAGUUUGCCUGGAUUCCUGACUAUGGGACUCUCCGUUUUUCUGCAGGGUAUGGGAAUCGAGCCGUUCGUCCCAAUUACAGCGCAGGAAUUGGUAUUCGGUUACGACGAUCCUUUGGUCAGUUUGGCCCAUCGGUUUUUCCCUAAAACGAGGCGACCGAUGAGCCAAAUGGGGCUUCUUCUGGGCAGAAACGGCACGCUGAGCGAGGUCCAUACAAUUUACACGGGUGAAAAGGGUAUGAAAAACUUUGGUCUGUUGAACAAAUUGAACGGCCGAGAUACUCUCCCCUUCUGGCCGAAGGAGCCGUGCAACUCUAUCAGCGCUUCCGAAGGAUCGUUUUUCCCGCCUCGGGACACCACGGGUUCCGACAUUGUUCAUCUCUGGGACAAGGAUAUCUGCAGGAUUCUACCGCUCCAGUAUCGUGGUCCAGCCGACAAGACCGGAAUCAGGGCUGACCUGUACACACCGACAGACACCAUCUUCGACCCACCCAGCGAGGAAACACCGGAUAACGAGUGUUUUUGCCAGGACGAACCGGAGAACUGUCCUGUCCGUGGUCUGCAGAACAUCAGCCCGUGCCAGUACACCGCCCCGGUUUACUUGUCAUGGCCGCAUUUUUACAAAGCUGCACCAGAACUUCUGGAAGCCGUUGAAGGACUGAAACCGAAUCAGGAGCGGCAUGAAACCUACUUCAAAAUUCAACCGAAAUUAGGAGUUCCGGUUGAGGGUAAGGUGCGAGUUCAAUUGAACCUGAAGGUUGAACAUCAGCCGGCAAUAUCGGCGACUGCCAAUUUCCCGGACAUCGUAUUUCCGAUAAUGUGGCUGGAGGAGGGAAUCGACGAGUUGACACCACCGAUAAGACGAUGGAUGUACCUCUCGACAACGUUCAUGGAUGUAGCGGCGCCUUGUUUCGCCUACGGACUGAUAUUGCUUGGAUUUGCAAUCCUGACUACGGUUAUCGUCAAGACUUACAAAAGCGUGAGGUUUGCCCGGGAAAUCGUCGAGCUGAGCAGGCGGACGGAAAAAAAAGGUUCCUACCUUAUAGUCAACGGACAGCACAGGCUGAUCAUUGCCAGAGACUCUUAUCUAUGCUUGAACGAACGCUAUCGGGAAAACGUUGAUCCGGUCGCGCUGUGAGUAGCGUUUAUCAGGCGUGGAAAAUUUUUUUCAAAUUCGUAUGUUCUUUUUCCUUCUCUUUAUUCUUUCCUAACAGAGGUACAAUCGUAGAAAGAGCCGUUGAACCGUUAUUGGCGGGAAUACAACGAACGUUUACUUGAAUGAAUAAGGCACGCGGCCAGCUUUAAUACGAUUUUUAGUCGAAGAUACGGAUCUGCCAGGAGUGAGAUUAGUGACGAUCUGUUGAAAGGUAUAAUUGAAAAAGAAGAAAAAGGGUGGCCAAAGAACUUAACGCGAGACUCUACCGAGUCUCUUGAUUUAAAUUCAAACUGUAAUCUACACCGACAUCUUGCGGACGAACUGUGAAAUUGAUGGCGCAGAGAAUGUUUCGACGGGUUUUCUGUCUGUGGAGAAGAGAUCUGCAGAAUCAAAGGUAGAUAAUAACGCGCACUGCCUAAUCGUAGAUCGAGCUUAGAUCGAAGGAGCUCAAGGUUAAUUUAAGUAGUUAGAGUUGAUGUAUGCAUACUUAUGUAUACAUAUUAUUAAAUAAAAGUUAAGGUUGUUAAGAUCGUAAGAUAUUAAGGCUGCAUUUUAAUGCCCUAGAAUUAGGCAUCGUAUAUUUUGUAAAUACGAAGCAAAUUUUUACGUAUAUCUAUUAUACUCACUAAACCAAUUAACACGGUCAUUGCUCAAUUCUAAUUCAGGAAACGUUAAUUUUUUUUUUUAUAUAUUAUUAUAUAUACAUAUAACACGCAUAUAGUAGUAAUUAUUCAUACUAGGGAAUAAUUGAAUUGUAUAUUUUUGUGAAAACCGUCCAAUGAACUCGUGCAAUAAAAAUAUUUUCGUAC